AUCGUCAUGGGUCCCACCCAAUAUCUCUGUUUCUCUCUCUACUGUUAUAUUUUCAACACAUUCAUCUUCUCCUUUAGUACUUGGUUGCAUCAUCGAUCAUGCCCCAUUAAAAAUCUGCUCCCAAAUCAUUUCUCUCUUUCUCUUGCUCUGGAACGGCCCCUAGCUUUUCGAGGGUUUUUUUGUCUUUCUUCUCUUUUCAACCACCAAAAUUCAUAACCUCUGAUCGACCGAUGUGCUUGCUUGCUCUUGCAAAAAGCUAUCAAUCAACAUAGAUGGUACAAUUAUUUCUGUUCAUAUUAAGAAUCCAGUAGUUGGAGUACUUUAGCUAGUUAGAUCGGAAUCUUUCUUGAUCAAAAGAAGUAGUGGAAAACUCAGAUAUAGUAUAUACAUCAGCAUGGAUCACACCAAUUACUUAAACAAUCAGCUGGGAAACAACCUCGUCUCGGCCGCUGGAGAUCAUCACGACGAUCAUGUGGGAAUGGAAGAUCCCAUCCAGCUCCACCACCAUCAUCAUCACCAAAUUUCGUACGAUUCAGUUUGGCCGAACUUCCCUCUCCAACUACAUCAUCAAGUGCCAUCGUCAUCCAGUACUCACCUUCAUUAUGAUCAAUUUGGUCAUCAUGAUCAACUAGUUCUACCUGGGAACUAUAGUAACUUUAUGGAUCAAGAAGAUAUUCAACAUGAAGAGGAGCCGGAAGAGGAAGAGGAGCUGGGAGCUAUGAAGGAAAUGAUGUACAAGAUCGCCGCGAUGCAACCAGUGGACAUUGAUCCUGCCACAAUCCAAAAGCCGAAAAGGAGGAACGUCCGAAUCAGUGACGACCCGCAGAGCGUGGCUGCGCGUCACCGGCGCGAGAGGAUAAGCGAGAAGAUCCGGAUCCUGCAAAGACUUGUUCCCGGGGGAACGAAAAUGGACACUGCUUCCAUGUUAGACGAAGCCAUUCGCUAUGUCAAGUUCUUGAAGAGGCAAAUCCGCUUGCUACAACAAUCGAGUCACCAUCAUCCUCACCAGCAAUGCAUUAAUGUUAACGCUGGAGUACUUGGUACACCUAGUGCAAGUACCGCUGCAGCCUUAGCUGGUGGUGGAGGGGCAUUGGAUUGGCUCCCACCGCCUAUUCCUGGUUCUGCCACCUCCUCUUCCACGGACACUCCGACAACCAGACCAGCUCUUGGAUUCACAGCCUUUGAAGGUAGCCGGGGAGAUAUUGCAGCUUUGAGAUUCAAUCAUGAGGUACUUAGUGAUUAAUUAGUUAGGCUGUGGAAGCUAAGCUGAUUAAUUAUUAUUAAUAAGGAAUUGAAAUAUGUAUUGAUCAUGAGUAUGAGUGUAACUAAAAACUAAAAAGUGUAAGAGAUAUUAUAUUUUGAUGGAAGGUCAGUCAUGUGGAUUGUUGAAAAGGUUGUUACGAUAUUGUUGACUGUGGUGGUGAGAAUAAUCAUAACUGUUUUCAAUUGGGUUACGUACUAUCAUAUUAUAAAAGAAUAUAUAAUUAAUCAGCUUGCCUAGUACUCUGGAACUUGGCCGGAGAGUUUGUUUGGCCGACUCUGUU